UUAAAAUACGUAUUUCAAAUACAUAAAUAAUAACCCCCUCUGCCUAUUACCCAACAUUCUGUUACACUUCCUUAUCAAAGAAACUACACCCCCUGUAGAUACAGAGUACACAGUCAAGUAGGAAGCCACUCCCUGUCCUCUGGUGUAGAGCUCAAUGAAACAGAAAGUAAUCUAUGACACUGCCAUUGCUUAACCUACGAGAGAGAGCACGAACAUGGCAGAGAAUCAGGAACUGUUCUGUUGCGCCGUCUGUCUAGAUCUACUGAAGGAUCCGGUCACUACUGCCUGUGGACACAGCUACUGUAUGGGCUGUAUUAAAGAAAGCUGGGAUCAGGAUGAUCUGAAAGGUGUCUACAGGUGUCCCCAGUGCAGACAGAUCUUUACCCCAAGGCCUACUCUAAAGAGAAACAUUGUGCUGGCUGAAGUGGUGGAGAGUCUGAAGAAGCAAGGAACGCAGGCUGCUCCCCCUCCUGCUCUGUGCUAUGCUGGUCCUGGAGAUGUGGCGUGUGAUUUCUGCACUGGGACCAGAAAGCAGAAAGCCCUCAUGUCAUGUCUGGCAUGUCUGGCCUCUUACUGUGAUACUCACCUCCAACCUCACUAUGAAUCACUUGCUUUCAAGAAGCACAAGCUGGUCAAAUCCACCGGACAACUGCAUGAGAAGAUAUGCUCUCAUCAUGACAAACUGCUGGAGGUUUACUGUCGUACUGAUGAGCAGUGUAUCUGUUAUCUGUGUACAAUGGAUGAACAUAAAGGCCAUGAUACAUUGUCAGCUGCAGCAGAGAGGACUGAGAAACAGAGGCAGCUGGGGAUGAGUCUGCAGAAGGUCCAGCAGAGAUUCCAAGAGAGAGAGAAGGAACUGAAGAAGCUCCAACAGGCUGUGGAGUCUCUCAAGCGUUCUGCACAGGCAGCAGUGGAUGACAGUGAUCAGAUCUUUACUGAGCUGAUCCGCUCCAUUGAGAGAAGGAGCUCUGAGGUGAAGGAGUUGAUCAGAGCCCAAGAGAAGGCUCAGGUGAGUCAAGCUGAAGGACUACUGGAGCAACUGAAGCAGGAGAUAGCUGAGCUGAGGAAGAGAAGCACUGAGCUGAAGCAGCUCUCACACACAGAGGAUCACAUCCAUUUCCUCCAGAGUUAUCAGUCUCUCUCCAGUAUCAGUGUAUCUUCAGACUUACCCAGCAUCGUUGUCCGUCCCCUUCAGUACUUUGGAGAUGUGAGUAAGACUGUGUCUGAAUUGAGAGAGAAAGUAGAAGACUUCCUUAAAGGAGAAUGGACCAAGAUCUCCACUACAGGUGUGUUGAAAUUCGACAACAAUAUUAAGUCAUGUAAAUUCAAACUGUAGACCAACGAAAGGUCCUACAGCCAUCACGUUAGACAUGUGGAAUAUCAAAUCAAUUUAUAUUUGUCACAUGAGCCGAAUACAACAGAUGUAGACCUUAUUGUGAAAUGCUGACUUACAGACCCUUAACCAACAAUGCCAUUGAAGAAAUUGAGUUAAGAAAAUAUUUACAAAAUAACAUUUAUUAAAAAAAUCUAAUUAAAAAACGCAAUAAAAUAGCAAUACCAAAGCUAUAUACAGGGGUUACCAGUACCGAGUCAAUGUGCGAGGGUACAAGUUAUUUGAGGAAAUUUGUACAGUGUAAGUAGUCUGGUUUGCCAUUUGAUUAAUUGUUCAGCAGUCUUAUAGCUUGGGGGUAGAAGCUGUUAAAACCUGUUGGGGUUAGGGGGCAGUAUUUGCACGGCCGGAUAAAAAACGUACCCAUUUUAAUCUGGUCACUAUUCUUGCCCAGAAACGAGAAUAUGCAUAGAAUUAGUAGAUUUGGAUAGAAAACACUCUAAAGUUUAAAAACUGUUUGAAUGGUGUCUGUGAGUAUAACAUAACUCAUAUGGCAGUCAAAACCCUGAGACAAAUCCUAACAGGAAGUGGAAAUCUGAUGUGUGGAAUCACUUUCAAGUCUUUGCCAUUGAAACACACAGUGAGUUAGGAUACAUGUAGCACUUCCUAAGGCUUCCACUAGAUGUCAACAGUCUUUACAAAGUGGUUUGAGCCUUCUCUGGUAAAAACUGACCGAACGAGAAGCCUGGAAAGUUUGUCAUAAGCGGAUGGCCUAUACUACUAUGACACGUGUGCCCAUGGGUACUCUCUCGUUCCGAAACGUUUUAUAAGACAAUGCAAUUGUCCGCCUUGAAUAUUAUUGAAGUUCUGAUUGAAAAAGGCCCUAAAGAUUUAUGCUAUACAACGUUUGACAUGUUUGAACGAACGUAAAUAUUGUUUUGGGGCACUUUAGUGAAGACAAGUCCCGCGCGCCUCGUACAUUUUGAGUAGCCUUCGGAACGCGCUAACAAGAAGGAGCUAUUGGGACAUAAAUUAUGAACUUUUUCGAACAAAACUACAUUUGUUGUGGACCUGGGAUCCCUGGAAGUGCCUUCUGAUGAAGAUAAUCAAAGGUAAGUGAAUAUUUACAAUAGUAUAUUUGAUUUUCGAUGACUCCAAGAUGGCGCUAACCUGUAUUGCCAAGCCUAUUUUUCUGAGCAUAGUACCUCGUUUAUUGCAAAGUGUGAUUUCCCAGUAAAGUUAUUUUUAAAUCUGGCAAUGCGGUUGCAUUCACGAGAUGUUAAUCUAUAAUUCUUUGAAUGACAAUAUUAUAUUUUACCAAUGUUUUCGAAUAGUAAUUAUUUAAUUUGUUGUGCUGAUUCACUGUCGGUAUUGGACGGAAAAUAUUUCCUGAACAUCACGCGCUAAUGUAAAAUGCUGUUUUUGGAUAUAAAUAUGAACUUGAUAGAACAAAAAAUGCAUGUAUUGUCUAACAUAAUGUCCUAGGAGUGUCAUCUGAUGAAGAUUGUCAAAGGUUAGUGCAUAAUUUUAGCUGGUUUUCUGCUUUUGGUGACGCCUGUCUUUGCAUUGAAAAUGGCUGUAUGUAAUGUUUUGUCAAUGUACUGUCCUAACAUAAUCUAACUUUAUGCUUUCGCCAUAAAGCCUUUUUGAAAUCGGACAACGUGGUUAGAUUAAGGAGAUGUUUAUCUUUCAAAGGGUGUAAGAUAGUUGUAUGUUUGACAAAUUUGAAUUAUGACAUUUAAUAGUUUUCAAAUUUGGUGCUCUGAUAUUUCACUGGCUGUUGAUAGUGUGUACCGGGGGUGGGACGCUAGCGUCCCACGUAGACCAUAGAAGUUAAGGAGCCUUGAAUAUGGUACAAUGAUAACAUUCCCUCUCUCUGUCAAUGUGUUUGUGUGUCUGUAGUGAAUAUAGUGGAUGUUGUACUGCCUCCAGAGCCCAAGACCAGAGAACAGUUCUUACAAUAUUCCUGUCAGCUCACACUGGACCCAAACACAGCACACACACGUCUCUCUCUGUCUGAAGGGAACAGAAAGGUGACCUAUACAGGCCAAGUCCAACCAUAUCCUGAUCAUCCAGACAGAUUCACAAACAACUUGAUGGUGCUGUGUGGAGAGGGUCUGUCUGGACGCUGUUACUGGGAGGUGGAGUGGAGUGGGCUGUGUGUUAUUACAGCAGCCUCAUAUAAAGACAUCAGCAGAACAGGGAGAGGUAAUACAUUUGGACUCAAUGACAAGUCCUGGAGUUUACACUACUAUAGUAAUGGUUAUUGGUUCAGACACAAUAGUGUUAGGACGAAAGUAUCAGGCCCUCAGUCCUCCAGAGUAGGAGUGUACCUGGAUCACAAGGCAGGUACUCUGUCCUUCUACAGUGUCUCUGACACAAUGACCCUCCUCCACAGAGUCCAGACCACAUUCACUCAGCCACUCUAUCCUGGGUUUUCUGUCGAUUGUCUUUUCUCUGGUACUGCUGAGCUGGUUAAACUGUAGUAGGGUCCACAUAGAUACUAGUCAUGCUGGUGUAGUCUAUAGCUGAGCUGGUUAAACUGUAGUAGGGUCCACAUAGAUACUAGUCAUGCUGGUGUAGUCUAUAGCUGAGCUGGUUAAACUGUAGUAGGGUCCCCAGAUGUGAUGAUUCAUUCUGUUCUGUUUGUCUUUACAAAUGUUUUUUUUCUGACUGAUUUGAUCUUCAGAGAUUUCAUCCAUUAAAAUGCAUUGUUUUAAUCUUGUA